AUGUCUUAUCUCCGAAGGAAAUUCGCUGUUCCUGUACUGGUCGGUGAGAUCGAUCUUUCCACGGAUAGGUAUAUUCUGAGUUUACGUAUCAUUAAGCUCUGGAAGACUUGGAAAAAUAAAAAGGUCGUUUCCAUUGACAUGGUUUGUCAUGAUAGAGAGGGUACUAGGAUUCAUGCAACUAUUGAUGAGGAGUUGGUUGUCAAGUUUCAAACUCGGAUGAUUGAAGGUCGAGUCUAUACUAUCAGUAAUUUCACUUUUGGUAGUUACACCUCUGACUAUAGAACUACCCCGCUCGAGUUUAAGAUAGUGUUCUACAGAACUACUGUUGUUCAGCCAUGUAGUGAUUUUCCCACGGAGGUAUCUAAUAAGUAUCUUAAGGAUUUUGCUGAGAUAUUCGAUGGAAAAUUUGCCAAUGACGUUUUGAUCGAUGUUAUUGGUCAAGUUGUGAAUAUAACUCCUCUUCAAGUUCUUCAAGCAAGAGGGAAGGACACUCAAAAGAUUGACAUCAUUCUUCAUGUGUCCAAACGAGAUUCUUCGUCUGAUCCUUCGGUUGUCGUAUGUGUGGUUAGGUUCGCUUGUGUCAGAGAGUGGAAAGGUGUCUACAGUAUAUCUAACUCUUUUAGCGCCACUCAAGUCGUGUUCAAUCCACAAACCGAACAAGCUAACACGUUUCGUUCAUCCCUUCCGGAUGAUAACAUUAAAGUGACGCGUAACCUGUCUAGCCGAUUGUCUAAUGCACCUCUUGUUGAUGUUCGUGCUGAGUUCCUGGUCAAUAAUCGAAGGAUGACUAUAUGCGAUAUAGUUCAGAAUGGCAGUGUUGGUGUUUUCGUGACUCUUGCAAAGGUUGUUGCUGUUGAUAGGAUUUCGCGUUGGUAUUACGUGGCUUGCAAUGCAUGUAACAAGAAGGUUCAUCCUUGA